AUGAAGAAACCGUCAAAUAACUGCAUACUAUUAAUUGUUAUCGUCAUAGUUUCGGGUAAAUAUAGUUUAAAAAUUUCAUUAACGACAUAAUACUAUUAUUGGUAUUUUAUUUGAUGUAAAUAUUAAUAGAAGAAUAAAGUAUAAAAAACAUUUUAAGAUAGUAAAAAUACCCUGGCCUUUAUUAUAAAGCAUAAUACCGGGUGAUUCUUUAUCGUUAAACACUCAAUAUUUCGAAAAGUGUUGACUAUUUUUUUAUUUUUUAUUUUUUAUUUUUGAAAAUAUAAAAACCAAAUAGUUCUAAAAUAUUACAUUAUAAUUUGUUUUUUGUCACUCUUAUUUUAGGAGUGAAACGACUACCUAUUUUUGAUUUUCAAACUUCAACCUAUAUUGAAAAUGCCUGAAACAGAUGGAGUAUUAGUGAAAAUAAAUUUUGGUGUUGAAAUUUUUGAUGUCCGUUAAUCCGUUGACGAGAUAUUCCACUUUUAAGUUUGGGUUGGAGGAGAGUAGUGGUGCAUUUUCAAUACGUCGCGCGGCGUGCAGCCACACAAUUAAUGCUCCAAUACUCUCCCCCCUUCCCCCGACUCAUAUUUAUAAGUGGAAUAUCUCAUCAACGGAUUCAUAAAAAUUGAAAAUUUACUUUAACUAAUACUCAAUCUAUUAAUACGAUUUUGUACAUAGGUUGCUGUUUGAAAAUCAAAAGUAAGUAGUUAUUUCAUUCCCAAAAAUUAGGGUGAUAAUUAUAAUAUAAAUAUAAAAUUUAAGAGCUGCUUGUUUCUUAAAUUUUUUAUGGAACAGAUUUUAAAAAAAUUGAAUAUACUUUCCGAGAUAAUAAGUGUUUAACGAUAAAAGAAUCACACGGGAUAAUAUAUAGAAUUAAAUACAACGGGCAACUUGUUUUCCAUCAAAAAUAUAAUUUUUAAUUGUUUUUUUUUUAACCUAUGAACGUCUAACUUCCCCAAAUACCUUCAUAAAUAUUUAGGAUAAUAAUCUAUUGCAGUGUUUCUGGACCUUUUUUACCGUCGUGACCGCCUAAAUGAAUAUUUAAUUUUUAGUGACCCUUAAAUAUAUAUUUUAUUAUAGCGACCAAAAUUUUAUAUUUUUGGCGAUCUUAAAUAAUUUUUUGAUGACCAACAGGUUGAGAAACACUGGCCUAACGUACCCAUAUAUCGCUACUUUAUUUUUCAGAAAUUGCAUUUUAAAAAUGUUUAAAAGAUAUUUUAUUUUUUUCUUAUGUAGUAUAUACUAAUUUAUUUUUAGUAAAAAAAAAAAACAAAACAUUUAAACUGAAAACAUUCUCGACGCUGAUAUCUACCAUAAGCAUAACACUAAUUUUAGAUUCUGAGGAAGCUUAUGGUUUUACAAAAUAUAUUUUUAUUUUUUUUUUCUGUAGACAACUUUUCUUUCAGAAAUCUUGUUCCGUUUUUUAAGUGUAGCGCAUGUAGUGAUAUCCUUUUUUAAAAGAAUAUCAGAUUGGGGAGGUACUUUGAGGAGGUUAUAUUUUGAUUUUCUCAAAAAGUAUGAAAACCAAUAAAAAAAUAUGUAAAAUUUAAGAAAUAUAGGUAUUAGUUGAAAAAAUAUUGCGGCUUUGUUUAAUACUGUGAACAACCAGCAAAUUUGUUCCGACUUACCAUGAUAGCACUUUUUUUAAAAGGAAAUCUGACUGAAGAGGUAUUUUGAAAAGGUCAUUUUUCAAUUUUCUCAGAAGUUUCCCAAUAAAUCGGAAAACGGGAAAAAUACGAAAUGAAGGUAUCAAAGCAACACUAUUAACUAAACUCCACUCAGAAUCGGAUUUUCAUUAACAAUGGCUAUUGUUGCUUACAAAAAUACAUUAAAUUUCCUCUCUACUGCCUUCUUAACUUCUCAUCAACAACAGCGGCCUACCCACAUACCAAGUUGCCCAGUUUUUUUAAAUUUAAUUUUACAAUCGAUAAUAGAAUAAAACCCGAUCAAAGUAUUUUCCGAAUUUGUUCCCGCUUAAACAUGAAAAUUUACCAAUAUUAUCUUUACCACUUGUACUACAGACUUAAUAUAGAAGUAAUAGGUAGGUUAGUAACCUUAAAAAUAGUUAAACAUAAACUAAUAACUUACAAGGUCAAGAGAGUAUCCCCUCUCCUUACUUAUUUAUUUAUAACUUAGGUUAGUAUAAAGAUGUAUGGAAUAUUUAAUAUAUAUAUAUUAAUUUUUUUAAUUUUCUCAAAAUAGUUUUGAAUAUUUUAUUUUAGUUAAGCAUAUUCUAUAUAAUAUAAUAUGGAAACAAAUUUAAGUAUGUUCUAUUAAAUUAUUUUAACAACGAUAAACUCAAUUUGUUUAUAUUCAGUAUGGAUUACGCACUUAUGUAUGACACAAUUCUAUUCAUAUAAUAGCCAUUUCAGAAAUGUUUGCUUAUUAAGUCCCAACCUCCCCCUAACAAGAAUGUAAAUAUUAAAUUUAUCCAUGGAUACAAUAAUUAAAACCGUGAACAAAAGGGUCAGUUUCAAGAAUUUUAUCAAAAAAUUAGAGCACACCUAAAAAAGUUCAUUGAUUACUACAUAAUAAACAUAAACUCAUCAUUUGCAUAACUAUUAUCACAAAGACUAUUUUUUUAUAAAUUACAGUAACCCAGUUACACUUAGUUGAUCACCAAAAAAUGUCACACAUUUUGCUUAAUUUGAAAAAUGGACGGCUACACCGUGCUCAAGUGUGACGCGUGUGAUUACAACACGUGUUUUUUAAUGAUUACCAACGGCCACAAGGUUGCGCCGUUAAAUAGUUGUCGAUCACGGUUUGGAAACAAAUGGGACGAUGAAUAACGGCGUAUCUGUCCUAGUGUAAUGGUGCUCUAAGAAAACAAAAAUGCAAAAUUAAUUAAUGUCUUAACUUGGAAAACAUUCCCCGUUUCAUAAUAAAAACAAAUUUAGCUACGGGGAACAACGGCGUCUUAAGAAAAACAAAAUGUAAAAUUAAUUUAUCUUUUGACUUCCAAAAAACAUGUUGCUUCCCUAUCUCCCGCUCACAAAUAAAAAAAAAAAUCUAGCUACAUUCUUCUCUGACCAGAUAUUUGAUAAUUAAAAACAUUUCGUUUUAAUCAAACAAUUAACGCAAAAAAAAACCUACAUAAUAAUAAUUGGUGACACCAAACUACCGUAAUAUACGAGAAUUAUUCGUAUGCGUAUAGUUUCUAAAUGGUUUUUAAUAUUAAACAUUUUAGGUGUAGACUGUAACAUUUUGACAACUAUUAUUGAAGAAAACCCACAAUUUCGUAUGAUAUGUAAACGUUUGAACGAUAAUUGUUAUGAAGACAAAGAAUGCUGUUCACUGAAUUGUAAACGUUCAUUUUAUUUUUUCCGUGGCUAUUGUGAUAUGGAUAAAACGAUAUUAUCGUCAGCCAAGUAUAUGGUGCCGCCUCAAAGUAUACAUAUAUUAAUUUAAAUUCUGUACAAAAGAUUCAUUUUAAACGUUCAGUAAUAAUAAUCGAUCGUACGGUUUUAUUAUUUGUUUUAUGUUUAACUACAGUUAUCCACGACUUCUGUUCAUAUCAUAAACAAAACGAUAACGCUAUUAAGGAUAGAAUACAUAGACAAUUUUACAUAAGCGCGGCCCACUCUAUAUUGCCGCCCAACACGAAAAUCCUAGUGUCUACUAAAUACAGACAGGUAGUUGUGACAAUCAACGACCUUCCUGCGAAGACAAACAAUACAUUGGAAUUAUCCGAUGAAGCGGCACUACAAUUGGGCAUUACUCAAGAAGGAAUUAUACCGUGCGACGUAGAAGUAUUGGUAUCAGAAAAUAUAAUACUGGGUUAUGUAAAAUUCCUUGCGUUUUACUCACCUUUUAUCAUUUUUAUUCUCGGAUUUUAUUUUCAUAUCGUAUAAUUUUAUAUUAUUAGGUACCUAUACAAAUAUCAUUGUCUCUAUCUAUACAUUAUUAUAAAUAGGUAGAAAUAAUUUCAAUAAAUUUAAUUUAAUCAAUAAUAAAAUGCGAAUGUAAUUAUUUCGAACCCAUUAGUUCGAAUAUCAAUCAUUUUACGUCACAAGUUUAGGCCUUAAAUAUCACGCUUAAAUCGCUAAUAAACUACCUAUUACAUAAGUCAGUAGGCACUAGUGCUUCUUAAUUCAUGUGAAGACGCUUUUACAUAUUCAAGGGAAAUUAACAUAACAUUUGAAUCUUUAAAGCUGCGUACUUGAAAAACUAGUGUACCUUCACAUUUGAUACAGUGCCAUUUUGCUACAAAAUCAACUAGUGCAUGGUGUUAGAAAAAUUGACGGCUAAGCAAAUAAGCAAAAAAAAAAAAAAUGCCAUUAUAAUCUUUGAUGCUAAAUCUUCCGUCGAUGGUCACUCGUACGUGCAAUAUUUUAAAAAUCUUCAAAUUUGCAUUUCCUCACUGGUCUCUGUUUGCCCCCUCCUCCCCCGGUGGUCAUUGCACUCACCGUGUGCGCACCUCUCGCAUCUUUAUAGACACGGCUCUGUCUACGGGUACCUAUAUUCACGUAUACGAGUAUUUUAUUGUUUUAAUAUUUAAUUUAAAUUCAAUAAAUUAAUUUCAAUUUUAAAGUUCGUUUAAUUUAUGUCCAUUAUAUUGUUAAACAUGUUAGUUUAACAAACAAAUAAAUUAAAAUUAAAAACUACAAUAAUUUGAAUAUUCGUACUACAGUACGUUUUCACCUAAAUAAAUAUCCGUUAAUACAAAAAUAACACUAAAACAAAUGAACUCGAAUUACAAAGUCACGUGUAUUAAGUAUAUGUAAGUAUGUAAAAAUUUGUGAUUCAAGCAUUCACGAACAUUGUAUUCACGUACAUAUCAAUUCACUCGACAGUUCUAGUAAGUACCCAUUGAUGCUAAUAAAGGAGGAUUUCGGGGUAUUAACCCCCCCAAAUGGAGUCAUUGUCAAGUAAAUACCAACUAUAAAUAAUCAAUAUUAGUUAAUAGUAUGGGGUAUUAAAUCCUACAAUAAACGCCCCCUCCCUGAUUUAUGAAAAAUAUUUUCGACCUCGUGAACAAACAAUUAUACUUAUUAAUGCCCAUAAGUAUAGAAUAAUGUAUAUUAUACAAUUAUGUAUAAACAUAUUUGAAUGCGAUUUCAAUUAUAUUAUUUAUCUACCUUAAUUAUAAAUUAAACGAGUAAUAAUGUACACAAAUUGAAUGUAUUAAUAUACGGCGGAAAAAAAGUAUCUGUCACGUAAUAAUUUAUUUUCGUUUAUUAAAAUUGUCUUAAUUUCCUCAUUAUAAAUAAUAUUUAUCUUGUGCAAUACUUUAAUUCUCCCCCUUCUACUCUACCACCCUACGGUUGAUCCAUGCAAUACUACAUUACUGCGAUUGGCAAUUUAACAUAAACUCUAUUUUAAAUUUUAUUAUUGCAUUUUUCAUAACCAACACAAUUUCGAUUAAAAUUAUACGAUUUUAUACGAUACAUUCAUAGCAUUGAAAUUUCAACGCGGGUUACAAAUAUUCGUUGACUGGGAAAUUGUGAUAACGAUAAAUCCAAUUUAGUUAAUCAACGUUUAGAACAUAUUAUUAAUAAUCGGUUUAAUUUGUCCGAAACUAAUAGUUAUCAAAUUGUCUUAUAUAUAGAUGCAGUUUAGUUGUAACUAUAGUCAAUUUAUCAGAGUUUAAAUGUAAUGUAGAACUGAAAUGUGAUUAAUUUGUCUAUGCACUCUUUGUUUUAUUUACUCGUCAUUUCUAUGUGUGAGGCAUAAGUAUUAUUUACGCAUUAAGCUACGUUAAUUAUCCUCUAUAUUGUGCUAUUUAAAGGUGAUAGAAUAUUUCAAUCAAGAUGAAGAAACCGUCAAAUAGUUAUAUAGUAUUAUUUGUUAUCAUCACAGUUUCUGGUAAAUAUAAUUUCAAGUUCUUAACGGUAUAAUACAAAAGUUGGUAUUAUUUUUGGUGUAAAUAUAUAAGUAGGUAGGUAUAUAGAAAAAAAAGUACGACGUACAUUUCUGGAUUGUAAAAAUAUUCUAGUCUUUUUUGUAAAGCAUAUAAAAAAUUAUAUGAGAUUAAAAAUGAUGGCCAACUCGUUUUUUCAUAAAAAUAUAAAUUUGCGAUUUUUUUUUUUUUUUUUUCUACGCAAGACAAAAUAUUCUGAAUUAAAUAUAAUUAAUUCUAAAAAUUAUAUAAUAUAGUCUAUAUUAGACCUAAUAUAGAAGUGACUUUAAAAAAAGAAAAAAGAGUCAUCCAAACUAAUAACGUUGGCACCUUAUAUAUAGACUAAUGCCUAUACUAAAUAUAAAAAAGAUAAAAAUAAUAAUAUGUUUAAUUGUGUAUCGUAAAAAUGUCUGUACCGUAUAAAAAUUCUUCCAAGUUAUAAAAAAUAAAAAAUAAUAAUAAAUCAACCGAAACAAGAUGCAAAUAUUCACAAGUGGUGAAAUUAACAUUGAAUUGUUUAUACCUAACUAUUUCAUAUUAUUACAUUUAUCUUUAUCCAACCAAAAACUGACGUAUUUUUUUUUUAUUUUAAAAUAAUUUAUUAUUACACGUUUUAUGAUCCCAAUGUAUAACUUAAAAAAUAGUAAUGUAUAUUACAUGUAUACAACUAUAAAUAUCUUAAAAUAUGUUCAAUAACUUUCGAACAAAAUCAUUUUUUUUUUUAAUUGAACAUUUGUUUAUUGAAUGGUUGUUUGAUACCAAAUAUAUGUAUUAAAUAAUAAGAUACAAAUAUACAAUUUAAUAACCGAACAAAAAUCAAUGGGACAGAUUAUAUUAAAGAAAAAUUAUUUAAGACAAAAAAGUUCAUGUACAAUAACUUUUUUUUUAACUAUAGUUUUUAUUUUUUCGAUUUUAUUUAACUUUAUCAAGUUAUCAUCAUUUUCACGUCAUGUAAUUUGGAAGUAAUACUGUCUAUGGAUGUAAACCAGUAAAUCGCUAAUAUGGUAAACGUAAUAAAUUUCUAAAUGAUUGAUUAUCAUACCCAGCCAAAGUCUUUGAUUUUUAAAGAAUUUCAAUAAACUCAUUAUUCAUAUAACUAUUAUUACAAAAAUUACUUGUUUAUAAAAUACAGUAACAAGGUUAUCUUUUGGUUGAUCUCCAAAAAACUUCAAAUAUUUUGUUAAAGUCAAAAACUGGAUGGCUACGUGUUCAAGUGUGACGCGUGUGAUUACAACACAUGUGUUUUGUUGAUUACCAACGGCCGUAAGGUUGUGCUGUAAAAUAGUUGUAUUAAACUAUCGUAAUUGUUCGUUUACGUAUAGUUUCUAAAAGGUUUUUAAUAUUAUCAGUUUUAGAUGUAAGCUGUGACAGCGAAAAUGUUACUGCGCAAAUUGAAGAUAACCCGAAACCUCCUGAGGUUUGUAAAAAUUUGAACGAAGAUUGUUAUGAAAGCAAUGAAUGUUGUUCUCAAUAUUGUCAACAAACACUAAAAAAUUUUCGUGGCUAUUGCGAAUUGGACAAAACGACAUUAGCUUCAAUUGGGAAUAUUACAAUGGGUCCUAGAAGUAUGCUUAGAAGUAUUUAAUUUAAACCAUACACAAAUAAUUACUUUUAAACAUAAAGCAAUACAAAUAACAAUAAUUUACUGUGCGGUUUUUAUUGUUUGUAUUCUUUUUUUUUUUACAGUUUUCCCCGAUCACUGUUUUUUUUACAAACAAAAUAAUAGCCUAAUUAAAGAGAGUUUGUUUAAACGAUUCGACCUAAACGCAGCCCACUCUGUAUUGCUACCCCGCACCAGAGUCUUGGUGUCUAGUUUACACAGAGAGGUAGUUGUGACAAUCAGCGACCUUCCUGCGACGACGAAUGACACUUUGGAAUUAUCCGAGGAAGCGGCACUACAAUUAGGCGUUACUGAAGAAGGAACAAUACCGUGCAGCCUAGAAAUAUUAUUACCAACACCUUCACCAAUCAGUUAUAUGAAAAACAUUAUAUUUUUCGCGCCCCUUUUCGCGUUUACAUUUGGACUUUGGAUAUAUCAUAUAUAA